CAGGGAAAUAACACAGCAGAAAAUGGCAGAAAUCUCUGCUGAGAUGUCAAGAUAUGGAUCAAGUCUUGGAUAAAGUGAUAAUUAUUGUUUUCUGGCAGCCCCAUCUGUCAGGCGUUGUGUGUUGAGGGCGGAGCGUGAUGUCCCAGGCAAGGCAUGCUUCAUACUCGGACCUGACCAAUCCAGCCCUUCAACAUGCCAUCAACCAGAACUGUCUGUCUACCAUACACCUUGCAAGACUCGUGUCAGAGUUUGCACAGGAGAUGGCCAGUUCCUACGAGUCCUUUGCCAAAGACAUCCAGCGCGUGGUUGCCAUGUUUCGUGACAGAAGCAAUACCUUGAAGUCUGAACGGUCCCUGGAUACCCCUAGUAGCCUGUACAGUGUAUGGGAGAACCUGCUGAAAGAGACAGAAUUGGAUGCACAGGCCCAUCUUGAUGCAUCUGGCCUGCUGUUGAAGAACGUGAGUGAGCCCUUACAAGAGGUCUCCAAGUACAAGAUGAGUCAGGCCCUGAAACUGCAGACGUUCAGACAGAACUUUGAGGACAUUCUGCAGCACUCGGAAGAAUCGUUUAACAAAAAAGAAGAGGCCUAUCGGGAGACAUACAAGGCCUUCAAGACGUGUGGUAGCCUUGACAACCGUGAGGGCCUGAAGCACACAUUCCACAGCGCCCAUAACGAGUAUCUGCUUCAGCUUCGGGCCUCCAACCGUCUCCAGGACGACAUGAAGGUUACGUUGCCCCAGGUGCUUGAGGAGUUGGAUGAAAUCUGUAUUGAUACAACUAACACUGUGAAUGUGGCGAUUGAAAGCCACUCUCUACUUUUACUUACCAAGGCAAAUGAACAACGAAGACAGCUGGAGAACCUCCUGCGAUGUUGCCGACAGGUCAACCCCAUGUUGGAUAUCUCCUUGUUUGUGAAAGCGAUCAACAGCGAGGAGCACAAAAUACCGUUACAACGACACAAGUUCAGUCCUGCCGAUCCCAUGGCCAACAGUGGGGAGGACUCCUUGAUGAACCACCUUAUCAUUGACAGAGUGACGGAGGGGGCGUUGCUUGAUAAGCGUUCCGGCCUACAGAAGGAGGCUCUGGAACUGACAUCGUACAUUAAACAGAACCAGGAUGUGACCCAGGCCCUGGUGAACAUGUGCCAGAGGAAUUUAGCGCAUCAUCUUUACGCAAAGGUUUACGAAACGCAAGAAGAUUUGUGUCGAAAGCGAAACGAAAUACGAGUUGCAAAUUUACAGCUUGGCAUGGUUCGGGCUCAAAUUGAGCUACUUUCGCCGAAGCAGAAUGGCGCACCAGAAGACGAGCAAGAGAAAAAGAAUCCCUCCACCAUUAGGGGCAUGUGGAAGAAAGCAUUCAAGACACUGAAAAGUUCCUCCUCUGUGGAAAAACUGUCAAAAAAGAGCAGCUUCAGUAAGAAAAAGCAGAACUCGAAAGAAGCUGAUGAGGAAGUGGAACAGUUGAACAGUCCUGUAGACCCUGUGUACAGCCUGUUAAAAUGUGCGGCCGACCUGCCACGGUCCGGGGGCAAGUCCCCCUGCCUGCUCCAUGCCCACUGUAGCGGGCAGCACACGCCCAGUAACCCUGGCAACGCCAGAUACCCCAGUGGUGGUGACAGCAGCGGCAACACUUCCAAGGCUUCCAGCCCAUCCUCCUCAGCUUCACAUAGCCCCAAAACCCGUCGAAAGAAGUUGAAUGUACGCAUGAAAAGUUUUUCCCUGGACACGCCCGAACCACCCAAGCAACUUUUGGCAAUUGACGAAAACACCAAGAAAAAAAGCACCUCUUUUACUAACACUUGUUUCGGAGGAAAAGAGAGUCCGGAAGAUCGGAUGUCGUUUUCUGCGUCCAGCCUGCGCAAGAAGUUCGCCCUUGCCAAAGCCAGCUCUCUGGAGACGGAGGAGAAGAAAAACUGUAGUCUCUCACCAUCACCUAAAUGCUCACCUAAAUCACAACGCAAAGACGCCAAAAGUCUGUAUGUGGCUCUGUACAACUUCAAGGCCAAAGAGAAAGAUGACAUGGACCUCAGAGCUGGUUGGAGGGUAACUGUUACAGAAAGUUCUAAAAAACACUGGUGGAAGGGUAAAACCCAUGGGCGCUCGGGUUAUUUUCCCGCCACAUAUGUGAUACCCCUGCAGUCAGACCAGCGAGUUUUCCAGGUGCUUCAAGCCAUCAACCUCUCAGAUGGCCAGUACUCGAUAAAAUUCCAUAAGGAUCAGAUUGUUCUACAGAUUGGGGAGGCAAUGGAGGGCAUGAUCCUUGUAAGAGCGGCCAACAAUCGCCAAGCACUUUGCCCACUGCAAUAUUUGCAAGAAUUGUGAUGUCAUUUCCUGGGCACCCCCCACAUAGUCAAAGCAACUUUUCCAAAAAUUGUGAUAAUUAUAUUUCUAUCAAAAUUAUAAUGAUAUUUAAAAGACCAGCCAGGGAAACUGCUCUCAGAGUUACGGUAAUAGAGUUAAUAUCUAUAAGAGACAUUUGCUGUCAUAGCAACGAAAGAGUUUGGAGGAUGUAACCAAAAGAUUUAUUGACUUUAGUGUUCCUGACUUUAUGAUUAUCUAUUUUCCACAUUCAAUUCUUGAUGUGGUCAUUAUGUCUGCCUCUCAUUUGAGCACACUUGAGCACAAACCAAACACCUGUACUUUGAGCAGCUUUCUAAUACAUGUAGAUUGGAGUUGUAUGCAUGUGCUUAAAGUGUUGUCCCAGAUUAGCCUAUGCCCUCUGCAUAGGCUUAUCUGGGAUGUCACUUUCCACUGUUAGGGCAUUUUUGUUUAACUCUUACAGUGCGGGAACCAAAUU